AUGAAUCCAUUCUUCUUGAUUGCCCGUUACUUAGGAAGAGCUUCAGCUGCUCCAAAACGUUAUGGAAGUUUGGAGGCACGAUGGCACCGGUGGAAGGCAACACACAGAAAAAAUGAAGAAGGAUGGAGGAGAUCAGUAUGGGAGAAGAAUAUGAAAAUGAUCGACCUGCACAACCAAGAAUACAACCUAGGGAGACAGAGCUUCACCUUGGCAAUGAAUGCUUUUGGUGACAUGACCAACGAAGAAUUCACACAGUUGAGGAAUGGCCUAGAAAACCAGAAGCACAAGGGAAGGAGAGUGUUCCGGGAACCUUACAUUGCUGAAAUCCCCCCAACCAUGGAUUGGAGGAAAGAAGGCUAUGUAACUCCCGUGAAGAACCAGGGUCAAUGUGGUUCUUGUUGGGCAUUUAGUGCAACUGGUGCCCUUGAAGGACAGAUGUUCCGGAAAACUGGCAAACUUAUCUCAUUGAGUGAACAGAACCUUGUGGACUGCUCUCAGGCUCAAGGCAAUGAAGGCUGCAAUGGUGGCCUAAUGAAUAAUGCCUUCCAGUAUGUGAAGUCCAACGGCGGCCUGGACUCAGAGGAGUCCUAUUCAUAUCAAGCAAAGCUGGGGUGA